AUGAAGUACCUCAGCACAAGAGGUGGUCCCGAGCGACUCACCUUCGAGGAGGCCGUCCUCACCGGUCUCGCUCCCAAUGGUGGUCUCUUUAUCCCCGCACAGAUCCCUCAGCUUCCCGCCAACUGGCAGACCGAAUGGGCAAACCUCUCCUUCUCCGAGCUCUCGCAUCGCGUCCUCUCCCUCUACAUCCCAGAAGACCCAUCACAGGGAGGCAUUCCAUCCGCUGACCUUCAGCAGGUGAUCAACAAGUCGUACGCUACCUUCCGACACCAAGAUACCACACCUCUCGUGCGUCUCGACGACAAGGAAUGGUGUCUCGAACUCUGGCACGGUCCUACGUUCGCCUUUAAGGACGUGGCGCUUCAGCUCCUCGGCAACCUCUUCGAGUACUUCUUGCAGCGAAGGAACAAGGGCAAGCCAGCCGAUCAGCGGGAGAAGCUCACCAUCGUAGGCGCGACCAGCGGUGAUACGGGCAGUGCCGCCAUUCAGGGUGUGCGCUCCAAGGAGGACAUCUCCAUCUUCAUCCUCUUCCCGGACGGACGUGUCAGUCCCAUCCAGGAGGCGCAGAUGACCACCGUGCUCGAUGACAAUGUCCACAACGUAUCCGUACAGGGCACCUUCGACGAUUGUCAGGACGUCGUCAAGGCGCUCUUCUCCGACGCCGAGUUCAACGCGAAGCACCGCUUGGGCGCAGUCAACUCGAUCAACUGGGCUCGCAUCCUCGCUCAGAUCGUUUACUACUUCUCCGCAUACUUUAGCUUCCGCAGGCAGCUCGGCUUGUCCGCUUCCGAACCUACACCCGAGCAUCUCGAAUUCGUCGUCCCUACAGGAAACUUUGGUGACAUCCUCGCUGGCUUCUACGCCAAGCGUAUGGGUCUUCCCGUCUCUCGCCUCGUGGUUGCUACCAACGAAAACGAUAUCUUGCAGCGAUUCUGGGCUACAGGUCGAUACGAAAAGUCCGGCGCCUCCACCGACUCGGCUUCUUCGUCUGCUCAGACCGAACCAGCACAAGGCUCUUCCGACGGUGCUCAACAGGGCGGCGUCCGAGCCACGCUUUCACCGGCGAUGGACAUCCUCGUCUCGUCCAACUUCGAACGUCUGCUCUGGUACAUCGCCUACGAGUCCCAGGAGUCCUCUCACUCGUCUGCAUCGGCGCAAGAACGCGAAGAAGCAGCCGGUGAACAACUCGCCUCCUGGAUGUCCUCCCUCAAGACCUCGGGUAAGAUGGAGGUCGACAAAGCGCAGCUCACCAUCGCCCGUCGCGACUUUGCAGCCGAGCGGGUCUCGGAUUCGGAAAUCCGCGAAACCGUAUUGCAGUACUUCACCCGCAAACCCACCUCUGCUUUCCCUGCCGGAUCCUACCUCGUCGACCCGCAUACAGCCGUCGGGCUCAAGGCUGCUGCCAACGUUGCCGACGGCGAAGCGCAUCAGAUCGUGCUGUCCACCGCUCAUCCCGCCAAGUUCGCAGAGGCCGUCACUUCGAGUCUGGAAAAAGCGGGUGCCGAGUUUGAUUUCCAGCGAGACGUAUUGCCCAAGGAGAUGGUCGGAUUGCUCGAGAAGGAGAGGAGGGUCAUCGGCGUCAAGCCAGAGGGCAAGCCGGGUGUCGAGGGACUGGUGACGGCGGUCAAGGCGGUGGUUGAGAAGCAGGCUGAUGUGGUCAAGGCUCGUUCGUCGAGUGCCAACACUGCGAGUGUGUAG